AUGAUUAUCUUGGUGUUACCUUUUGAUCUUGACCUUUCUCGCGAUCUCGACGCGACUCGUGACGAGGUUUCAUCACAUCGCCAAGGCCUGUCGCGUCAUCCUGCACGUUUAAUCCGUGUGGAUGGAAUAGGAGUAUUUCGCAAUACCAAGAUACUAAAGUUGCCUACUUACCCUUUGCGCGCGACAUCGGGCAAACUUUGA